AUGCUUGAUAAAGUCACAAGGGAGGCAGAUUUACAAGCGCAGGAGUUGGAGGAGGAGAAGAAUAAAUCUGAUCAACUUCUCUAUCAGAUGUUGCCUCCGACUGUAGCUGACUGCCUGAAGAAGCAGAUCGAGGUGAAGCCAGAGACAUUCCAGUCUGCGACCGUUUACUUCAGUGAUAUCCAGGGAUUUACUGAGUUGUCCAGUGUCAGUGAGCCCAUUGAGAUUGUCAACUUUCUCAAUGAUGUUUACUAUAAGUUCGAUAACAUUAUUGAAAAAUACAAGGUAUAUAAGGUUGAAACAAUUGGGGAUGCCUAUGUUGUGUGCAGUGGUGUGCCAGUAAAAGUAGACAAUCAUGCCAGCGAAAUUGCGAAAAUGGCACUUCAUAUCAUGAGCUGCUCUUCUGACCUGAAAGUCUUUCACAGACCUGAGCAUAAGUUUCACAUGAGAAUAGGCAUGCACAGUGGUCCAGUAGCAGCAGGUGUUGUAGGUCGAACAAUGCCCAGGUACUGCUUGUUUGGGGAUACAGUAAACACAGCCAGCAGAAUGGAAUCUACAAGUCUGGCUGGUCGUAUUCAGAUUAGCCAGCAGUGUAAAGAUCUGCUGGACAAUGACGUUGGUUUCCAUUAUGAAGCAAGAGAACCGAUUCAUGUUAAG